AUCGAUUUGAAGUUGGACCCUCCACCAGAGACAAAAACAGCUAGCUUUUUCUUAGCAACCCCAGUCUCCGGUGAAGCUGAAAAUCGGGUGCCCUCGAAGGAGAGGCAGCGGUGGGCUCGAUCAGACCAACGACAAGGUAGAGCGAGGAAGGGUUUAUUGAGGGUUUUUGGAACUGGUGGUGGGAAAAUGGGAUUCGAGCAGAAUUCGGUGAUGAAACAGCGGGAAUCCAUGUUGUGACGAACCAGGGAUCGAAUCGAGGAAUCCUAAUUUUACCGUGUUCUUCUUC